AUGGAUGCAUCACUCGGAAUGGAUGAUGAUGAGUUUUUAAUUAGGCAAGUUGAAGCAGUUGAAGCAUCUUUUGGAUUGAACUCACAGACGGCUGAAGGGGUGCAAGGUUCGAAGGAUAAAGAUAGUGGAGCGGCUGUAGAUGGGGUUAAUCCGGCUUCGGGUAAUAUGCUACAACAAGAGAAGCAAAAGAGCUGUGCACUAGGAACAGUAGUGGAAGUAGUGGAGAAUGGAAGUAAAAAGCGGGCUCACGUUGAAGCAGCUGAAGACGUCGUUUGUGGGGUUAAUCCGGAUAAUAUGCAUCAACAAAACUGUACGCUACAAGAGAAGGAAAAGAGCUGUGGAGAAGGAACAGUUGUGGAGAAUGGAAAUGAAGAUGAAGAUGAAGGUGAUGGUGGAAAUGAAGAUAAAGAUGAUGUUGGAAAUGAAGAUGAAGAUGAAGAUGACGAGGACUAUGAUUAUAAUGGCUGGCAUGAGUUUGUUGGAAAUGACUGUGAGAGAGACGAAGAUGAUGAUUUUGAUGGAUGUCCACCAAAAGGAGGUCGUGGUGGACGGUCUGGUCGUAAUGGUUAUGAGCAUUCUGUGGUCACCAAAGUUAGAGGUCAAGGUCUGGAAGAGGCCAAUGGUCAAGGGCUACAGGUGGAUCUUCGUCAGACAAACAGUGUUGCAAUAUGA